UGUGUCCUCCACAAUUCUCUAUCGAUCUCCUCCUUUCUUAUUAGUUUUUUUUUUCCCCCUUCAUUCUUUGCAUUAAUGGCAGCCAACCAAAAUGCGAAAUUCACCGUUCCCUCCACUGACCUCGAGCAACAGUCGACGCUGGAGCUCGAGGCCAAGGAGUUUGACUAUUCCAAAAGAUCCCAAUGGCUACGGGCCGCCGUCUUAGGAGCCAACGACGGGUUGGUGUCGACAGCAUCAUUAAUGAUGGGUGUCGGAGCAGUGAAACAAGACAUAAAGGCCAUGAUACUUACUGGGUUUGCGGGUCUGGUUGCCGGGGCGUGUAGCAUGGCCAUCGGAGAGUUUGUGUCCGUGUACUCGCAGCUGGACAUAGAGUUGGCCCAGCUGAAAAGAGAGAAGCAAAGUGGGGAAGAGGAUGAAGAGGGCGGAGAGAAAGAGAGUUUGCCGAACCCGUUGCAAGCUGCGGCGGCAUCGGCUCUUGCGUUUUCAAUGGGUGCAAUUGUUCCGUUGCUGGCGGCGUCGUUUAUAAAGGAGUAUAAGGUGAGGGUGGGGAUGAUUGUGGGGACGGUGAGCUUGGCUUUGGCGUUUUUCGGGUGGCUGGGGGCUGUCUUGGGGAGGGCGCCAGUGUUGAAGUCAACUGCGAGGGUUUUUGUUGGAGGUUUGAUUGCUAUGGGAAUAACCUUUUGGUUAACCAAGCUGAUCGGCUCAAGUGCGCUCUAAUUAAUAUGAUCAUCAAACUUUGGUUAUAUGAUCUUCUUUUCCUCUCUCUUUUUUUCUAGCUUUUUCUUCCUCUUUGUAAUGGAUGGAAUAACAAGUGCGAUAUAUAGUUUUCUUUCCCUCUUGCA